AGCUGGCAACGCUGCUGGUGUGUGCUGCACGUGUUUUAAAAUCGCGUGUGUUUUGCUCUUCAUUCCGGGACAUUGUGCUGAAAUUUAACGAAAAUAGGCGUAAAUAUUACUUAAAUAUAACUAAAAAUACGGUUGACUAGUUUCUGGAGAGAUGGAGGUGAAUGCCAGCAAGCUGCGGCUUGGCGCCCAGCGAUUGCUGCAGCUAAUUUCGAAUGGGUCUGAAGACAACGUGUUUGCCCAAACUUUACAAAAGUUCAUCAAGAAGCAGAAAUAUGUGCCCCAGGAUGUGGAGCGGCUCUUCCGGACGCUCAGCGAGCAACUGCCCCUGCCCGCUUACACGGUGCCCGUGGCCGUGAGUUUCGAGGAGCAGUUGCUUCUGCUGCUCUCCAUGGCGCUCCGCUGGGAUUCGGCUGGCCAAAGCUUUGGCCAGUAUCAACUGGAGUGUGCGGCGCUGGCCAAGCUCUUGGAUUUCUCCCUGGAUGCGCAAAGAUUUGCCAAGAGCUACUUCCACAACAAGCCAGCUCCCUUUGAUAAAAGCCAGAGCGAAGACAGCCUGCCCAAUAAAAAGUUAAAAAAUGGCAAUCACUCUCUCAACCUAGAGGAUCUGGAGAUCAUCACAUGCUGCUAUCAAUUGCUGAAAAGUGAUACACCCUAUUUCCGCGAGCUGUGGGAUUGGUCCAGCUUUAUAGCCACCUAUGCACACAAUUCAUCAAGCCCGAAGACGCAGCUCUACUGCAACCACAUCAUGGCUAUGCUGACCAACAUGAGUGCGCCCCAGCUAAAUGAUUUAAAUGAGCAAAUAGCCACUGAAACGCGACUGGAGUUCGACCACGAAAGGGAGCAAGCUUGGACACUAGCCAGGAGCACCCUUGGCAGCUUUAAACCAGACGACUCCGAUCAACUUGUGAGCCUGCAGCUGCAGGAAAUCAAUCAGGCUGUGACCAACAUCGAGGGCGUUCUAUUGCCCACUUUCAACAAGGAGAACCUGGAGUUCUAUAGCAGCACCGAUGGCUGCUACGAUCGUAUUGUCAAGGUGGAUUCAACUGUCGUCAAUCUACGUAGUAUCGCCCUGGGUGUGGCUGCUGCCAAACCCAUUUGCCUGUCAGGACCCGUGGGCUGUGGCAAAACUACGCUUAUCGAGUACCUGGCCCGCAAAACUGGACGCAUUUGCCCCAAGCCAAAUGAGAUUGAAAUCAAGGAAAAGGCCUUGAAGAAAGCCGAAGAGGAGGAGCAACUGCUGAUACCGAAAAAGAAGACAAAGGCGGCGGGAUACAAGCGCAAAGUGGAGGAGUUACCUCUGGAGGAACUGCUUGACUUGGGAGAGACGACGCAAAAGAAUGGAUUUCUACGUAUUCAGCUUGGAGAUCAGACCGAUAGCAAAAUGUUACUAGGCCAAUAUCGCUGCACCGAUGUGCCCGGGGAGUUUGUUUGGCUGCCGGGAGUUCUGACGCAGGCCGUCAUGCAUGGAUACUGGUUGUUGCUGGAGGAUCUGGAUGCCGCCACCCAAGACACUUAUACCAUUCUGAGCAGCCUUUUAGAACGCCGGUGCCUUAGUGUUCCCGGUUUCCGCGAUUCCGUGAAAAUAGAGCCUGGUUUUCAGUUGUUUGUCACAGUGCGCACCAACAAAUCGGCCAGCAACUCAAGCCAAAAAUCGCUCUACUCCCUGCUGGACAAAUAUCUUUAUACCAUCAAUAUACUACCCCUUUCCCGCAAUGAGCUUUGCAAAGUGGUCAGCACCAACUAUCCCAAGCUGGCUACUGUGGCCAAUCGCAUUGUGGAUGUGUUCCUCACCUUCUCCAGUGGGCAUCACACAUCGGCAGAUAAUUUGAGGCAGCAGGAAUCGGGCGACAAGGCGGACAACACGGAGAAAUAUGUGGCCCUGCCCUUCGAACAGGUUUCCCUGACCUCCAGUCCCAAUUCGGGCAGAUUAGUGUCCACCCGUGAUUUGGUGAAGCUGUGCCACCGCUCCAAUUCACAAUUUUCGGUGACCAGCUCGGAAUGUGCCUACUUUGUUUUCCAAAACGCCGUGGAUGUUUUUUGCUCAUAUCUUCCGCAGAGCAGAGAAAAGAUAACCCUGAUCACCAGUAUCGGAGCCAAGCUGGGCAUCAUUCGUUCCCGUUGCGAGCAUUUCGCCAAUGAAUACAAACCAGAUGUGGAAUUUGGCCUGGAGCACAUAAAAAUCGGAAGAGCUACCCUUCUGGCUAAAUCUGAGUUGGAAAACAGUGAGAACGAGGAAACCUCAGAGCAGGACCUCAAGCGGCAAAAGUUAACUCAGCUAACAAAGCGGGCUAUUGGAAAGAUUGGAGGCAAGCGGACCACCUUUUCUUUCACUCGACUGGCCAGCUGCAUCCUGGAGCGGAUUGCCGUGUGUGUCAGUCACUCGGAGCCUGUGCUUUUGGUGGGCGAAACCGGAGUGGGCAAGACCUCUUCGGUGCAAUACCUGGCCGAGCGAACGGAACACAAACUGGUGGUGGUCAACAUGAACAACCAGUCGGACGUGUCCGACUUGGUUGGCGGCUUCAAGCCCGUGGAACUGAACUAUGUGCUGGCACCUCUGCGCAACGAAUUCGAGUAUCUUCUUUCCGAAACCUUUAAUCAGGAGAAGAACUUUCAGUUUCUGCGCUUGUUCGCCACCUACUAUAACAGUGGUCGUCACUCUGUGAUAAUCCGAACCAUGAUCAACAUCUGCCUACAGGUGGCCAAGAAUCCGGAGCUAAAGCUUAACAAAUUGCUUCCCCGAUGGCAGACGCUGAGAGAAAAACUGCAGAAGCUUCAGAUGCAGCUGGACAAGAGCAUCAACAUCUCCUUCGCCUUCAUACCCGGCUCCCUUGUCAACUGUAUUAGCAAUGGCGACUGGGUCUUGCUGGAUGAGAUUAACUUGGCCUCCGCGGAGACGCUAGAAUGUCUCUCGACCAUCCUUGAACCGGAAGGCUCAGUGGUGCUGCUGGAACGUGGUGACUUUACGCCCGUUAAGCGGCAUCCCGACUUCCGCAUCUUCGCCUGCAUGAAUCCCAAUACGGACAUUGGCAAGAAGGAUUUGCCCGUGGGCAUACGCAAUCGUUUCACGGAAUUCUUUGUGGAUGAACUCACAACGGAUGCGGAUUUGAGUCUGUUGGUCAGUGAUUAUCUGGCAAAUACGGGUAUCCAGCGAAAGUCCGUUCACAGCAUCGUCCAAUUGUACAAAUCGCUGCGCAAGCUGUCCGAGCUCCAGUUAAAUGAUGGCCUCGGAAAUCGUCCGGUUUAUUCACUGCGUACUCUCUGCCGCAGUUUGCGCAUUUGUGCGAGAAAUUUGUGCGGCUCCAUCGAGCGGAAUCUGUACGAGAGCUUUUGCUUGAGUUUCCUCACCCAAUUGGAUCCGGAUUCGCAUCAUGUGGUUCUUCUGCUCAUUCAGAAUGCACUGUUGUCAAAUGUCAAGGCUAUUUUGAGCAAGCAGCUGCCCCAGUUGGGUGAGAACUACCUGGACUUCGAGGGCUACUGGGUGCAGCCGGGCAACUUGGAAGCACAGCCCUGCACCCACUACAUUCUCACGGAAAGUGUUAAGAAGAACCUAAAGGACUUGGCGCGUAUUAUAUCGAUAGGCAAGUUGCCCAUCCUGCUCCAGGGACCCACGAGUGCGGGCAAAACCAGUUUGAUUGACUACGUGGCCAAGAGGAGUGGAAAUCGCUGUCUGAGGAUCAACAACCACGAGCACACGGAUCUACAGGAGUACAUUGGCACAUAUGCGGCGGACUUGGAUGGCAAGUUAACCUUCAGGGAAGGAGUGCUGGUGCAAGCCAUGCGCCAUGGCUUCUGGAUUAUACUGGACGAGCUCAAUCUCGCCUCCACUGAUAUUUUGGAGGCUCUCAAUCGAGUUCUGGAUGACAACAGGGAGCUGUAUAUCGCGGAGACCCAGACUCUGGUAAAGGCUCAUCCCAACUUUAUGCUGUUUGCUACGCAGAAUCCUCCGGGACUCUAUGGCGGCAGGAAGACGCUUUCGCGCGCCUUCAAGAAUCGCUUUAUAGAGCUCCAUUUUGGUGACAUACCACGCGUGGAGUUGGAGACCAUUUUGGAAAAGCGCUGCUUUAUUCCACCCACCUAUGCCCGCAAAAUGGUGCAGUGCAUGACCCAACUGCAGCAACAUCGCCAGAAUACCUCCAAACAAGUGUUCACCCUGCGCGAUCUGUUCCGUUGGGGCAACCGAUAUACCCAUGCGGAUAAGUCUCUGCACGAGGACACCAGGUACGACUGGAACCAGCAUCUCGUGGAGGAGGGCUACCUGGUUUUGUCCUCGAAAGUGCGUUCCCAGGAAGAGCAUGAGUUGAUAGAGAAGACCCUGUUCGCCAAUUUCCGCAAGAAGGUGGAUCUGCAGCUGCUGUUUGACAUACAAACCGAGAGGGAGAGUUCCUCCAUGGUGAGUAGAAGAAUCCUGGAUGCCAUUAGAAACUUUAAACUGAGAGGAGACAUCGUUUGGACCCGCAACAUGACACGCAUGGCUGUGGUUACGGCCAAGGCCUUGGAAUUCGACGAACCCGUGCUCUUGGUUGGUCCCACGGGCUGUGGCAAGACCACUGUAUGCCAACUGCUUGCCAGCAUUGCGGAUGUCCAGCUGCGCAUCCUCAAUUGUCACAUGCACACCGAAGGAGCUGAUUUCCUGGGAGGAUUACGUCCUUGUCGCGGCAAAGAAUCCACGCAACUUUUCGAGUGGGCCGAUGGUCCGUUGAUAUACUCGAUGCAGGAGGGAUCAUAUUUCAUGGCCGAUGAGAUAUCCCUUGCUGAGGACUCCGUGCUGGAGCGGCUCAACUGUAUCCUGGAACCGGAGCGUACGGUGUUGCUGGCCGAGAAGGGCGGCGUCGCAGAGUUGGAGGCGAAUCCCGACUUUGUGGUGCAGGCCAAGUCCGGCUUCCAGUUCCUUGCCACCAUGAAUCCCGGCGGUGAUUUUGGUAAGAAGGAGCUGUCUCCUGCCUUAAGGAAUCGCUUCACGGAGGUCUGGUGCCUACCCUCCGACAACAAGGAGGACCUCAUUGAGAUUGCCUACAACUGCAUGAGCCGACAGAAGGAGCACCAAGGGCAGACAAUCGACACCCAUAAAGUGGCCGAGUACCUGGUAGAAAUAGUGCUGCACAUUCGCGACACGAACGAAAAGUUCAAGUUCUCAGUGCGUGAUAUCUUAGCCUGGGCUAAUUAUAUGAUCAGCAACGCCAGGCUGAGCUUUGCCGAGCAGGCCAUCUUUGGUUUGGAAACCAUUUUCCUGGAUGCAUUGGAAAUGCUGCCUCACGAAUCGCAGGAGCAGGUGGAGCAGCUGAAAACCAGUAUCAUCAAGCAGGCCAUCAAACAAGCAGGUCUAAUUCUAAACGAGCAGUUUACGCUGGAGGAAGUUAGCAAGAAGCGAGGUCUUGAGGUCCAGCUGGAUGAAUCCAACUUUGGCAUUCGUCCCUUUUUCAUAGAUGUAAACGAGGAGCGUUUGACGCCAGCUAAAGAAGAUUUCCUCUUCGAUGCGCCCACUACAAAGCAGAAUCUCUUCCGUCUGCUGUCUGCCCUUUCCCUUCAGAAACCAGUGCUCCUAGAGGGUCCACCUGGUGUGGGUAAGACCUCCAUUGUGGAGAGCAUAGCGGCUGCCAUUGGCUACCAGAUUGUGCGCAUCAAUCUCUGCGAACACACUGAUUUGGCUGAUCUGUUUGGCACCGACUUGCCGGCGGAGGAUAACCUAUUGGAAUCGAGCACACCCACUUCCGGUCGACAAAUGGGCAGCUUUGUGUGGCGCGACGGUCCACUUCUGGCCGCUCUGAAGGCAAAGAACACCUGGAUUCUGUUGGACGAACUCAAUCUGGCCCCCCAAUCCGUGCUGGAAGGUCUCAAUGCGGUGCUCGAUCAUCGCGGAGAGGUCUACAUACCGGAGCUGAACAAGAGCUUCCACUUGGCUGGCUCUACUCGCAUCUUUGCCUGCCAGAAUCCUCUAAAGCAGGGCGGCGGUCGCAAGGGAUUGCCCCAGUCCUUCCUGAAUCGAUUUACCAAAGUGUAUCUGCGUAAACUUUCCACCGAGGAUUUGCUUCAUGUGGUGAAUGUGAAAUAUGGCAAGUACUUUGAUCAAUUGAGUGAACAUUUCCUGGAGCUGCGCGGUGAGCAAACCGAAGGUAACAUCUUUGAGAUCUACGCCGGAAAAGAAGCUUCGGUUAAAUCAAAUCCCUUUGAUUUGGCCGCUCGCUUGGUGCGUUUUUCGGAGCUACUAGAUCGCGGCGUCUCUUCCAUGGAGUUUGGCUACAAGGGCGGGCCCUAUGAGUUCAAUCUGCGUGACAUUCUCCGCUGGUGCGAUCUGCUUCACAACCCGCAAACUGGCUACAUCAUGGCAUCCACACCGUCCUCCUUCCAAUCUGCUUUCAAAGACUUCUUACUGACACUUUACGAAAGGAUGCAGUUGGUCUACUACCAAAGAAUGCGCUGUGACCAAGAUAAAUCAUACAUCCGCAAUGUCUUCUCAAACGUUUUCCAAUGCAAUGCCGAGGAGCUGAAUGCGGUUUCAGAUGAUGUGGCUCUUUAUUGGACCGCGGAUAAGGUGUAUCUCAACGACGUGGUUCUGGAGCGGGAACAAGCCGAUGUCCUGGACUUGGCCACUCGACAGGAGCAGGCCCCUUUGCUGCUGGACAGCCAGAGGCAGCUGCUCAAGCAAAUCGUCGAGGCCGUGCACAUGGAGAAGCCACUGCUGCUCUGCGGAUCCACAGACAGUGGCAAAACCAAGCUGAUCGAUGCCCUCUGUGUGCUCUCCAAUCGCCUGUGCAAUACUGAUAUAAUUGAUGACUCUGUGACUGGUAGUUUUCAGCAGAUCGAUUUAAAUCGUCAUUUGGAGGUGAUUUACAAGAAGGUGGAGGCGCUAGUCUUUGCCUGUGUUCAGCGAGCUUUUGUCCAGCAAACUGAUCUUCAGUUUGUCGAACAGUUGUGGAACUACUGGAGCAAGUACAAUAAACUGGCCAAGGUCACAACAGAGUAUCAGCAGCACAGCGUAUUAGAUGAACUCAAGUUGUUCGGCGAGCGUCUGGACUCCCUGGGCAAGAUCAUCCAGCUACUGGUGGUCACACCAAAGAACUGCCAAGUGAAAGCAUUCCAGCAAUUGCCUGAGACCAAGUCUCAGUUCCUGUUACUUCAAGCCUACAUCAAGACGGCAGAUUCCCUCAACACUGGAGGAUCUUUCGAGUGGGUGGACUCGCAGAUUGUCACCUCACUGAAAUGCGGUCAAUUCAUCUUGCUGGAGCACGUGAAUCUUUGUUCCUCGGCCGUCCUGGAUCGCCUAAAUCCCGUCUUCGAGCCAAACGGAAGCUUACUCAUAGCUGAAAAGGGAAUAACUGCUCAGGAAAGUGCUGAGGUGGUCUUCAAGUCGAGCAAUUUCCGAGCAUUCCUAACCGUGGAUCCCAAGAAUGGUGAACUAUCGCGAGCGAUGCGCAACCGAUGUGUGGAGCUCUCCCUAUCCCGGGAUACCUAUUCCGUGGAUGACAUGCGUGCCUUUGUCCAUGAGCAGGGUGUGCAUCAAACGGAGGCUAUAGAUUGCAUCCUGCGAGUUCACAAGGGCAUAACUCAGCUGACCGAGUUUAAUAGCUACUCCAUUUCGCACCUCACACAUUUUGCCUUCCUGAGCGCUGCCUACCAAAGGAUUGGCUAUGAACUGAAACGUGCUAUUUACGUGGCCGCCAUGGAGGUCUAUGUGUACUCUGCCAGCACAGAUUUGAUGGGCUUUGGCUUGUCCUACUACCAAAACAAACUGCGCGAGGUGGUGCUGGCCCAAACCGGAAUGUUUGAGGAAGUGACUACUGUCCAGCAGGAUUUCCUCAGCGAUGUUAUACUCAGUUCUGGAAACCUAAACUCAUUGACACUAGUCAAACUUCAGGCAGUGGCCCUGAAAGUGUUAUUGGAUGGAUCCUCGGGGGAAACUAUUCCCCAAAAGCAGUUAGCUGCGCUCUUUCAAAAGAUGGAAAACCUCAAAUUGAAUGAGCUAAAUCCUCAACAACUCAUUCGCCACUUCCUGUACAUACUCUACGAGUCUUCGGCCUUUGGUGAUUUGGAAUUAAGACAUCUCUACCUGCAGCCUUGGUUGUCGGAACACACGUCCAUGCAAGAGUUGUCUCAGAAUCUUUUCAACUGCCUGCAGAAAAGGAGUAAAAGUGUAAAAGCAGCUCUGGUUAAUCUGCCCUGGAAUCGAAAUCUCUUCCCUAGACUCAGGGAUUACUCUACACAUAUUGCGGUUUCGGAACUAAAGCCUUUAAACCUAAGUGCUUUGCUCCUGUCGCGCCUUGUGGUAGAUGACAUUCCCACUAAUUGUGAAACCGCAGUACACAAAAUGAAUGCCCUGCAGUAUUCACAGGCUUUGCAGAAGCAACAAGUGACUGUGAAGUUCGCCAAUGACUUCCUAACAAACCUUUCGACAUUCCUUGAGCUCCUGCACAGCAGUUUGUUGGAGGAUUUGGAGGAAGCUGACUUGGAUCUGCCGCAGUAUGCGCAAUUGGUGACCCGCUUCCAUUGGUUCAAUCGACUAUUGACUACGGCACAGCAGAAGCUUUUAAUUAACACCGAACUUUAUGUGCCGCUGAUGCACAAGCUGGUGCUACAUUUCCAGUGGCUGGAGAAGCACCUUCUGAAUCCCUUACUUCAAUUGACUUCCAAAAAUUCCUGCGAAAAAUUGGCUACUAUUCAAGAGUAUGUUCUUAAAAUAAAGGAGUACAUUGAGGAGACGAGGAGGCCUUUGAAUGUGUCUUGCAAGAUAUACUCAAAGCAGUUUACCCAGUUCCAGCCUUACUAUCAGGAUCAACAGAUUCAACUUCACACAGAAUUGGAGGAACUGGAAAAACUGCUCUGUGUGGUACCGAACUAUGGCAAUUUGGAGCUGUCUUCUUGGCUCAAGAAAUGGCUGCUACUGCAAUCAGAUGAGGCAAACAAGUGGCGCUCCUUCCUUCGCAAUAACACCCAUGGCUUUCAACUUAAGCCCUUUGAAUUGAGUGGCUCCCUGACGAAUGAGACACUUCAGUCCCGUCUGCAAAGACUGCAAACAAAGUUAAAGGAGGCUCAGGAAGCUAAUACAGAAAACGGAUUUGAUUUGGACUUGGAUCUCAGUAGUCUGAAGACCCUCUUGGAAGUCGAAAAGGAGGAUAGCUCUUCGUAUAUUCAUCCAGAAAGUGUAGCUGCCAGCACGCCACAAUUAUUACUGGCUGCCUUAAGGGAACUAUUUAUGGAGCGUCUGUUGACGGGAACUCAGCGCGAGGACUUUGAUGAGCAAGUGAAUCCCCUUUACACAGAGCAGUUGCUCACCUUGAACAGCAAUCUCUGGCAUUGCCUGAAAACUCUCGAGAGUGCUUCCCAUGCUGAAGUAACCAGUGCUUGGAUGGAACUAAGGAAGGAAUUGAAUGGGUUGCAGGAUCAAGAGGAGUUUAAAACACUGCUUGAGAAGAUUGGCAGCAGCUACAAGGGAUUGCGCACUUAUCAAAGGCAGUAUCGUAACGCCAUUCAAUGCUAUCAGUUUGAGAAUCUUUCCAACCGUCUGGAUUGCGUUCAAGGACCCUCGGAAGAGGGCAGCACAGAGAUAUCCAGUCGCUUGGUCUAUCAGGGUCCCGCUUUGUCGGGCGUCUUCCUGUCACUGAUUUGCCAGCCAAACGGACAGCUGCGAUCGGUGCCCCUUAGCGAGUUGCAGGAGUGGCGCACCUCCCUGCAGCAAACGCGCCAUCUGCUGUGGGAGAACUCCCAGCUCCUGAGCUCCAAAUACAGUGGCAGAGUCAACAAUCUGUCACAGGUCCAGGAGAACGCCAGUCAACUGCUCAAGGAGCUGGAAUAUGUGAGCCACUUAGGUCAGCGUGAGCAGAAACCUAACGAAGGCUUCCAAAGCUGUGCCCAAGAACUGGAAAAAAUGCUGAAAAUUUUGCAAAAGGACGACAUCAACCAGGACGCCAUGACAACAGCCUUUGAUGUUUCCCUAACUAAUGCCUUGUUGGGAGCCAUUGAGCUGUGCCUGCUCACCAAUGCCCCAUUGAUCGAUCCCGUGGAAAAGAACCGCCUGAAGAACCAGUAUAUAGCGGAGGAUAUUAGUUGUCUGAGCACCUUAACCACAGCCUAUGAUUUCAUGAAGAUUGUGAUGAAGUACCGUCACUUUGGCGAGGAGAUUUGCAGCCAACUGGAGGUCAGAUUGAAGGCGGCGCACCAGCGACAGCAACAGCUCUCCCAAAAGUUGGCCUUGCGUCCGGAACAGUGUAUGUACGCCGCCCUGGUCCAAGACAUUACGCACUUCCUCCACUCGAAUGGCGAUUGCGAGUCGCUGUACAAGCUGUUCCGACUUGUGAGCUCCGAAUGGGUUAACUUCACAGGAUCCCAGGCGGCCACGAGUGCGCAGCUGAAGAGCAGCACCGAGGUGCUGGGCAAACUCGAGCUGUGGCUGGCCAAUGCCAAGAGAUUCGUGCAUCACACCCUCGCCAGAUACUCCUCCUACUACCAGGACUUCGUGGAGCCCAUCAAAUGCGCCGUGAACCAGCUGCGCUUUGGCUUGGAGUCCCUCAAGGUGAUCUUCGCCAGGGUCCAGCAGGCCGGCAGUGUUUCGCAGGCGGAGCAGCUGCAGCAAACCAUCGGCGACAUAGUGCAAUUCCCAUCGCAGCAGCCACUGGUUAUCAGGAACAGCAGGCUCUACGGAUUGCUGGCCGAGUUGCCACACAGCGAGUAUGAGUACUUCCGUUUGCUAAAGGCCAAGUUGGUUGAGCUGAGAAACUAUAUCUCGCUGGGAAGUGUGAUAGACGAGACGACCUUUGCAUCCUACGACGAUGCCCUGAGCAUCUGCAACCAAACCUGGCAGCAGGAGGAGCAGCGUCGCUGCCAACUCAAAGCGGAGGCGGAGAGUCUGUACGUGACCAAGACCAAGGGAGGAGUGGACAGCGAGGAGCUCAUCGAGAUGCAGGAAAUCGAGCAGAACUUUCCCACAAACCUGGACGAGGACUUUGCCGAGUUCGUGUCGCAGCCCACCUUGGAGCAGGUGCUGAAGCUGGACAAGAAGGCCAGUGCCAAGGCCAAGCAGGCGCAGAUUGUGGUCGAGGAGGACUAUGCCUUCCUGGCGCGCAAUUUCAUCGAGGUCAUGACCCAGCACACUCCGGUUUACUACAGAGAGCAGCCCAAGUCAUCGAAGGAAUCGGAGCUUCAUCUACUUGCCCCGUACCGAGCACGCUUUCAGGUCUUUGCCCAUUUGCAUGGCCACUACAAGACAGCCUUGGGCUCCAAUCUGGACGAAAGGGCCUGCAAUGGUCUGGCCUUUGGCUUGGCCCUGCAACAGAAACAGCUUAAGGACAUUGACUUAGAGGAGGGAGUGGCUAGUUCCCCUUACGAUUUCUACAAGGAUUCCAAUAUCAGCGAAAUCCAAAGUUGCCUCAGCGUGAUGGAGCGCAUAGAGAAGCGUGUGUUGGAGCAACUGGAACAGUAUCCCGAGCACGCUGGCCUGGCAGACAUCAAGUUGGUGAUCUCGCGCAUCCGGCGAUUGCCUGCCCAUGCCCCGGUGGUGCGUUUCAACACCGGAUUCCAGCUGCUGCGACAGAAGUUGGCCCUCUGGAAUGAGGUGGCCCACAGGCAGAACAAUCUGGUGGCGGAGGAAAUCGAGGUGGCCGAGUUUGUGCAACGCUGGACACGACUGGAGCUGCAGCACUGGCGCAAUUGCCUGGGACAGACGGCAGCCCAAGUGGAGCUGCAGGCCUAUCGCUACUGGUUCUUCAUCUACAAUCUGCUGCAGCAGUUCCUCCAUCAACAGCAACUCGAUCAGUCCUACACGGACAUCAAGUUUGCGGAGCAACGUUUCGCCCAGGAGCAACUGCUGGAUGCCCAGGACUUGGGAGAGGCACAGCGCCUGGAGCUGCCGCAAGUGGUGCGCAUUUUGAGACAGUUUGUGGAGGCCUCGUGCUAUGGUGACUUCCACAUACGGCUGCAGCUCCUUCAGGGCUUUGAGCUGUACCUGCACAAUGUGGAGAGAGCUGGAAAGAUCGAGGGAUUGCCUCCGCUAAUCGCAGCCUUGCACAAUCUCCAGCUGUAUUUCUCCCAGUUUGCUGGCGAGAUCGCAGACUCUGCCAAAUCACGACGCUCGCCCAUCGAAAAGAAGCUGAAGGAGUUCGUCAAGAUCCAGAGCUACAGCAAGGAUCUGAGUUACUUCAGCAUGCGCAACAGUGUGGCCAGUGUGCACCGCAAUCUGAACAAGUUCCUCAAGGAGUAUCGACUGGCGCUGCAGGAGAAGAUCAGCGAGGUGUUCCAGCCCAAGGAUGCCACGGCCAGGGACUACACCUUUGGCACCGACAAGGGCAAGGGCCUGAGGAACUACAACAAGAUUAGGUAUCUGAAUACGGAGCGACAGCAGUUCGUGGCCAGUGAGAAGCUGCUGGAGAAGUUCAACAUUCCGGCCGAGUUUGUGUCGGAAAAUGCCCUGCUGCAGCGCUUGGAAAAGCACUUCCGGACGGCCCGUCAUGUGGUCAAGGAAACCCUGGGACAGGCUCCCUACGGCGAACUAAUCACGGACUUGGACGACCUGCUGGCCAGCCAGUUGGAGCGAUGUGAGCACUUGCGUGCUCUGAACGUGGAUCGCUCGAAGGAGCGUCCCCAGCAGAAGCAGGAGGCCAAGCAGAUUCUGCAGCAGAAGCGCAAGGCUCUCACCGAUCUCUUCAAGACGCUGCAUCGGCUGGGUGCCAGCUACAAGACCGGUCUCCUGGAGCUCUCGCUGCGCAGCGAGUUUGAGGACUUCCAGCUGUCUCCCUACUCCAUUCGCUCCAUGCUGCCACGCCUGCAUCCCAGUGCCCAGCAGUUGGACGAGCACCUGGACCUGUACUACAUGAAGAGUGUGUUCAAGUUGAAGCUGUUGCAGAACAUUAUGUUGACGCCGCUGUCGGAGCUGGGUCCUCCGAAUAUCGAACGCAUCAAGGGUUUCGCUGUGGACCUGUUUCUCCUGGUGCAGCAGCAGCGGGAGCAGCUUUCCGGAUCCACCAAGGAGCUGCAUGAACUGAGGAACUCACUGGAUAGCUUGCGCAAGCUGGCCGAGAUUGUGCCACAAGCUGAGAGCAAUUUAGGAGCUCUGAGCUUUGUGAGGAACGCAGACAUGGCCACGGAUAUAAAGAGUAAUCUUUGCCAGAUUCACUAUGUCAUGAAGCAGUGGCAGCUGCUGUUGAGCUGUGCCCCAAGUUCGGUUAACGAAAACUCCGGCAACAGCCUACUGGUGCGCACCAUUCCCUUGGCCAAAAAUGAGCUCCAGGAUUUGAGCAGACAGAUCGUAGGCAGCAGCCAAAAGUUGCUAUGCGAGCUGAGCUCCGCCAAUCUGGAGUUCCUACCCAGCGAGAAGUGUGAUUACUACCAGAAGAGCUAUCUGCAGAUACUGCAGAUCAUGGAAAAGACCUUGGAACUACUGCGUGCCGGCCAAAGUGAUCAUCUGCCCUUGGCGCAACCACUCAUUGAGCUGCUGGCCAGUCUGCGAACCGAAAAGCCCACCGAAAUCAGCUCGGAGGCCAUAGACCUGGCCAAUGCGGACACCGAGUUGGCCAACAUAGCACACAGUGUGCUUAUAUCGCUGCAGAAGAUUUACAAGCAACAUGCCAGGCCGGAAGAGGGGCCUCAGAAUGGAGAAGCCAAGGAGCAGGAGCAGGAUCAGGAAUCGAAGGAGGCGCUGCAGGAACAGCAUCUGAAGAAGUGCCUCACGGGGCAACUCAACACGGACUGGCAACAGCUAAGUCUGCCCCGUGUGCUCGCCAAACUGUCCAAUGUACUCCUUGUGCUGAAGCACUCCAAUUCCGAGGAUCAGGAUAAGCUCCUAUGCGUACGACGAGCCAUUGGUCUGCUGCCCAUCCUGGAGCAGUACCAAUUGCGCGACUAUCUGCUGCUCCAGCAGCUAGCCACCCACAAGGUUUCCGCCAAGAUGCUGUCCAUAGUGCUCACCGUGUUCGUGGAGAUCGGCAGCAAGGGCUUCUGUGUGCCGCCGGAUCUGAUGCAGGACGAGGAGGGUCAGUCCAAGCAGGACUCCAAGAACGGCGAGGGCUUUGGCCUGGAGGACGGCACCGGGGAAAACGAUGCCUCCGACAAGAUCGAGUCCGAGGAUCAGCUGGACGAUGCCAAGCGGCCAGAGGACCGCAAGGACGAGGGCGACAAGCAGGAGCCCGACUGCAAGGAGGAGAAGGGCAUCGAGAUGAGCGACGACUUUGAUGCCAAGAUGCAGGAUGUGGAGAAGCCCGAGGAGGAUGACAGCGGUGAGUCCGAAGAGGAGGAGGAUCUCAACAAGGAGAUGGGUGAGACGGAGGAGGGAGCCGAAAAGCUGGACGACCAGAUCUGGGGCGAUGACGAGGAGAAGCCCGAGGAGGAGGAGCAGGAGCCUGAGAUGAACGAGGAGGAUCAGGGCAAGGGCAGCAAGGAUGAGAAGGAUGCGCACAACGAUUUGGACACGAAGAACGAUGCGGCCAAGGAGGAUGGCAAGGAUGAGCACGAAAAGGACGGCUUGGAUGCCACCAAUGAGCCGAGCGGCGAGGACAAGCGCAAGGAGCAGGCCAAGGACAUUGACGACAUGAAGGACCCCGAAAUGGACGAGGAGCAGACCAAUGCCAUGCACAACGAGCUGGAGGAGCCGCCAGAGCCCGAGGAAAUGGACCUGGGCGACAUGAAUAACGUGGACGAGGCUCACGACGAUCAGGAGGAGCAGCAGCCCACGGACGAGAAUCCCUUUGACAUCGACGCCAUGAAGGAGAACAUGCAGCCGGCCGAGGAGCCCGAGGCUGAUGGCGAGGAGGAGCCUGCGGCAGAGGCAGAAGGCGAUCCCCAGAGCGACGGCAGUGACUCCGAGGAAGAUGAGGCGGGCACCGAAGCGAAGCCAGGCCAGGAGGAUCAGGGCGAGGGCGACGGCACUCCCGAGGACGAAAAGGAGGAGCCGGAGACUCAGACACGCGGCGAACUGGACGAAGAAGACGAAGCAAAGCCCGAGGAUUCUCCCGAGGAUGCCAAAGAGGAUGAGGAAAAGCGCGAGGAGAAGCCGGAAGAGCACACCCAGUCCAAGGACAAGGCCAGCAAGGAGGAGAAUGUCCAGUCAAUGCCGGAGACCGAGCAGAGCAGUUCAGCGGACCAGGUGCAGCAGCCGCAGGACCCGGAUAUCAAGCAGGAUCAGAAACUCGACGAGCAGGAGACGGGCGAGGAGAAGGAUGGCGUUGGCCAGGCCGAAAACGAUACCAACGAUGGUGGCCAUCAGGGCAUUGCGGAGACCCAGGAAACGGUGUCCCAAGAGGAGCGCAAGAACGAAAGGCAAACGCAGGAGAAGCGCAAACAGGGGCGAACCAAUGAGGAACGAUCCUUAGGCGAAGCGGAGCAAAACAAGUUGAAGCAACUUAAGACAAUUGACCAGCUAAAGGAGUCCAAGGAAGCGGACAGUGCUGACCAGGAGAAGCCGGAACCCACGGAGCAGGCAGAAGCCGAAGAGUACCAGCAUGUGAAGGAGCCCAAAAACAGCGACAAGACCACGCUGGACAAUGCCACCGAAGAGCAGUCCAAGAAGAUUCAGCACCAGGAGGAUGAGCCACCGAACGAGGAUGAAAAUGAAGCGGAGAAUGCGGACGAAUUGAUGGAAACCGAUGAGCCAGCAGUAGCGCCGGAGGAUGAUGCCCAACUCGAGCAGCUGGGUGCCGAGAAGACAGAGCAGAAGUCCGACAAGCCGUCCAAGACGGAUCAGUCGAAGGAGCGCCUGGAAACACCCGAGGGCAUGGAGAUUGAGGGCGAAGUGGUGCCCACCAUGACGGUUCCUCGCAGUGCUGAAACCACGGCGCACAGCAACACCGAAAUCCUGCUGGACAAAAGCUCGCAGGCCCAGGAGCUGAGCUCAGCGGAGCAGAUGGAGCUGCGGCAACAGUAUCAGCAGCAACUGACCACAUUCCGAGGGGCACAGCCGCAGCACGAGGACUACGAGAGUUGGCAGGGCAUCUCCAACCGCAUGACCCAGAAUGCUCGGGAGCUGUGCGAGCAACUGCGCCUUAUCCUGGAGCCCACCAAGUGUACGCGGCUGAAGGGCGACUACCGCACCGGGCGGCGCAUCAAUAUGAAGAAGAUUAUCCCUUACAUCGCUUCGCAGUUCCGCAAGGACAAGAUUUGGCUGCGACGCACAAAGCCGGCGCAGCGUGACUACAAGAUCACCAUCGCCAUCGACGAUUCCAAGUCGAUGCACCACAACAACUCCAAGACGCUGACUCUGGAGGCCAUCUCUUUGGUGUCGCAGGCACUGACUCUGUUGGAAAGUGGCCGACUGAGCAUCGUGUCCUUCGGGGAGGCGCCGCAAAUCGUCCUCAAUCACACGGAGCAGUUCGACGGGCCACGCCUGGUGAACGCCCUGAACUUCGACCAGGACAAGACCAAGAUAGCCGGCCUGCUGGACUUUAUACGCACGGCCAAUGCGGAAGAAAGCGGCCUGGGCGGCGAUAAUGGCCUGUUUGAAAACCUUUUGCUUAUCCUCAGCGAUGGUCGGAAUAUAUUCAGCGAGGGUGCGCAGAAAGUCAAGAACGCCAUAAAGCUGGCGCGAUUGCAGCGCAUCUUCCUGGUUUACAUCAUCAUCGACAAUCCGGACAAUAAGAACUCCAUUCUGGACAUACAACAUGUGGCGGUAAACGCAGAUGGAUCAGUGAGCAUCAGUUCCUACCUGGAAAGCUUCCCGUUCCCCUACUAUGUGAUUGUCCGGGACCUCAACCAGCUGCCCCUGGUGCUUAGCGAAGCCAUGCGCCAAUGGUUCGAGCUGGUCAACAGCGAGUAACCUAUAUAUGCUGACACUAUGAAGUAUAGUGGGCAACAAAGUACUCUCCUAACGACUUACCCCGAAGAUAGCCUACAGCUACGUUUUUUUAAGAUUUAUUACAGGCUUUGUUAUGAUGCCACUUAGAUAUAUUUUGCACUUGUAAAUAAUAAUUUUUACGAUUUGAAAAUGUAGCGAUUUUGUUAUUUGAGGCGCACUAACAUAGAUGCAACUUUAACUUUUUUGGAUAUGAAUGUAAUUUAUAUAUUUUUUGACAAUUACAAUUUGUAUAUAAACAACAGUCUUGUUA